AUUGGAUCGGAGAGAUAUAGGGCACCAGAAGUUUUGUUCAAUCCUUCCAUUUUAGGAUUAGAAUAUUUGGGUCUUUCUGAAUUAAUCGUAACAUCAAUAACAAGGGCUGAUAUGGAUCUUAGAAAAACUUUAUAUUCUCAUAUUGUAUUAUCAGGAGGAACUACAUUAUUCCAAGGAUUUGGAGAUCGUUUGUUAAACGAAAUAAGAAAAUUUGCUCCCAAGGAUAUAACAAUAAGAAUUAGUGCCCCUCCUGAACGUAAAUUCAGUACAUUCAUUGGAGGAUCGAUUUUAGCCUCCUUAGCAACUUUCAAAAAAAUAUGGAUAUCCAAACAAGAAUUUGAUGAAUACGGGUCAGUUAUAUUACAUAAAAAGUCUUUUUGA